CUCACGUCCAGCCUCCUUCUCUCUCACCAAGCACCAUUUCAUUUCAACGCUUCUCUCUCUCUCUCUUUCGCUCCCGCUUUGUCCUCUGCUUCACUCGCCAUGUCCCUCCUCUCUGACCUCAUCAAUCUCAACCUCACUGAUUCUACCGACAAGAUCAUUGCCGAAUACGUAUGGAUUGGAGGAUCGGGGCUCGAUUUGAGAAGCAAAGCUAGGACUCUUCCGGGACCGGUGACGGAUCCAGCGAAGCUCCCGAAGUGGAACUACGACGGUUCCAGUACGAAUCAAGCCCCCGGAGACGACAGCGAAGUCAUCUUAUAUCCCCAAGCGAUUUUCAAGGAUCCAUUCAGAAGAGGAAACAACAUCCUGGUUAUGUGCGAUGCUUAUACGCCAUCUGGCGAGCCGAUUCCGACGAACAAGAGAUUCAACGCCGCCAAGAUUUUUAGCCACGCCGACGUCGUUGCGGAGGAACCUUGGUAUGGAAUUGAGCAGGAGUACACUCUACUCCAAAAGGACGUCCACUGGCCACUCGGUUGGCCUGUAGGUGGCUUCCCAGGUCCACAGGGUCCUUACUAUUGUGGCACGGGAGCAGACAAGGCCUUCGGUCGAGAUAUUGUAGACGCUCACUAUAAGGCUUGUCUUUAUGCCGGAGUCAAUAUCAGUGGAAUCAACGGUGAAGUCAUGCCCGGUCAGUGGGAAUACCAAGUCGGUCCAACCGUUGGUAUUGCUGCUGGUGAUCAAGUAUGGAUCUCCCGAUACAUCCUCGAGAGAAUCACAGAAAUUGCAGGAGUAGUUCUGUCCUUCGACCCAAAGCCAAUUAAGGGUGAUUGGAAUGGCGCUGGUGCUCACACCAACUACAGCACCAAAUCCAUGAGAAACGACGGUGGUAUUGAUGUGAUCAAGAAAGCCAUCGAGAAACUGGGACUGCGUCAUAAACUGCACAUCGCUGCCUAUGGAGAAGGCAACGAGAGAAGGUUAACCGGCCGCCACGAGACUGCCGAUAUCAACACCUUCUCUUGGGGAGUUGCAAACAGAGGAGCCUCUGUCCGCGUCGGCCGCGACACUGAACAAGCCGGGAAAGGCUACUUCGAGGAUCGAAGGCCAGCUUCAAACAUGGAUCCUUACGUCGUCACUUCCAUGAUCGCCGAAACAACCAUUAUGUGGAAGCCGUAGACGGACUCGAUCAGCCGGCGCUCUGACGGCGCCGCCCCUAUCCGGUUCAUCUCUGUUUCUAUCUACUACAUUUACUACUUCUGAGAGUGAUCUAUGUCCAAAACUCUGGUUUCUGUAUAAUAUUUGUGUGUGCCAUGUGAUUGCGUUCAGCCAUUGCUUCCUGUUGUUUCCCUUUUUCUUCUUUUAUCACAAACAAUAAUCAAUUUAUUUUCUUCUGCUCCUUGCUUU